GAGUGUAACCUCUCUACUGCCUAACCCACUCUACAUGGACGGGCUUUCGGAUUCCUGGCUCCAGCCCGCCAUCAAGCACGCCCUUCGGGCCUCGGGCGCCUCCUCUCGCGCACCUCUCGAUGACGCCACGACAAUAUCGAUAAGCGACGAGUUUGGCGCAAACCCGGGCAAAGAUCCGCGAUUCCGGAAGUUGGUCGAGGGCGUGCUGUACUCGAGGAGCUUCCUCCUUACGUAUAACGCUGUCCUGCUGGUCAUUCUGUUUGGCUUUGCGCUGGCGCAGUGGAGUGCUGUCUUGAGGAGAGCGUACCAGCGCCGAGCUGCUGUGACAAGAGCUGGGAAAGCGCGUGUUCUGGCUGCAAUCGAGGAUGGCGGUGCUGCUUCUUCUUCGUCGAGCAGCACCCUCGAGGGGACAGCCACUCCGCCGGAUGCUCCCAAGACCGACGAUGUUGUGGACGAGCGGGCCCCCUUGCUGUCAGGAGGCCAAAGAGGAACGAAGAAACAGUAUCUUUUGGUUCACGAUUUGUACAAGAUAUAUGCGUGGCUCAUGUAUCAACCUCGUCCGAUUCCGGUGAUAAACAAGACUCUGCCCUCCAACGGCGCCACUCUUGUCAUUUCGGCCUUCAUUGGGCUGAACGUCUUUUACAUGUUCUACCGCACACCACUGUCAAUCCCGAUGCUGUUCGUCUUUGCAGACCGCGCCGGUAUACUCUUUGUCGCAAACUUGCCCGUCUUGUAUCUCUUUGCGGCCAAGAACCAGCCCAUCUCUUGGCUUACCGGAUAUUCGUACGAGUCCUUGAACAUCUUUCACCGCCGCCUGGGUGAGGUUAUGUGCUUGCUCGCUUUCAUACAUGGAUGUGGAAUGCUAGGCGUUUGGUAUACGCUGCUCCACCCGCUCGGAUUCACUUUCGCCAGAUUCGUGCUCUCGCGGGUGAUCUUUCCGGGCAUUGGGGCUUUCUUUACCUAUGAGUUGAUAUAUGUCACGUCACUUGGGAGCUUCCGCCAGCGCUGCUACGAACUCUUCCUAUGCCUGCACGUCGUGCUCCAAACAGCGGCACUGGUCCUCCUCUUCCUGCAUCACAGCCGAGCCCGCAUCUACGUCGGAAUAGCACUGGGCAUAUUCCUAAUCGACCGGCUCCUCUUCCGCCUAUUGAUCAAAUCCACCACUCUCCGCGCGGACCUCCGCAUCCUCAAAGACGGCGAAACAGUGAUGCUCUCCGACAACUGGAGCAUACCAGCGCCGACACUGCUGCAACGCCUGCUCCAGCACAGCCCAGCACAAGGCUGGCAGCCAGGCGCGCACGUCUUCGUCACCGUCCCCGCCCUCAGCCGCCGCCACCUCGUGCAAGCGCACCCCUUCACCAUCGCCUCGGCCGCCCCCUCCGACACCGCCUCGACGCACGCCUGGCUCUCGCUCCUCAUCCGCGCCCGCGACGGCUUCACCCGCGACCUCGUCACGCACGCGCAGACGGCGUCGACCGCGCGCGUCCGCCUCGACGGGCCGUACGGCUCGGCCCGCCCGCUCGCGACCCUGCGCCCCGCGCGGCUUGCCGUUCUCGUCGCCGGCGGCUCCGGCAUCGCCGUCGCGUUUCCCCUGCUUUGGGCCCUGCUGAACCCGGCUUCCGCCGACGUCGAGGCGCUGCGGGGCGGGCCGGCCGCCGUGCCUCGUAAGGUCUGUCUGCUUUGGGUCGUGAGGUCGCGGGCGCAUCUGGAUUGCUUGCCGCAGGAGCGCCUGGAUGAGCUGAGGGAGUGGGGAGCGGAUAUUCUGGUGCCGGAUCCGACGGAGGAGAAGGGCCGCCCUGACGUCAGCCGUGUGGUAAGGGAGUGGGUUGAGCGGUAUGCUGCGGGUGAUGGGGGGCAUGAUAGCACUGGGGUGGUUGUUAGUGGGCCGGAUGGGAUGAACAGGGAUGUGAGGAAUACGUGCAGUCGUUUGGUGGGUGAAGGUCGGAGGGUGAAUGUUUCUGUAGAAAAGUUCGGAUGGUAAGUAAAUACGUAGUCGCUGGCGUUUUCCGGAUGCUAGGUUUUCUUAUUGGUAGUUGUAUGGUUCGAAACGUGGUUGGAUCGAUAAUGAUCGGUUCUGCCCGUGUAUACAGACUGCUUCAAAUGUAGGCGGGACAACCAUUUGAUGGUGAGAUUGAUGUAUUGUUGAUGUAGCUGUCGGGUUGGGUUUUGUCACUACUUGAAUCGAUCUCUGUCCAG